GUAUAAAAGGGAUGUCCUACUCCCCAUACACACGUCUGAGAGCUUCUGUCAUAUCGAGAAGAUGGAGUUGCCAAAGUGUGCCUUGAUUCUAGCAACAAUAGUAGUUGCUUUUUCUAUUUCCUUUGCCCAAAAUGAAGGAGGUAGUCAAGUAAGUGUCCACCAAGUGGAGGUACUGAGAGGUAGGGAUGGGAGAGAUGGAGUGAGAGGUCCAGCUGGACCACCAGGACCAGCUGGACCAACAGGAACCAAUGGGCCACAGGGAGAGAGAGGACUGCAGGGAAUGUUAGGCCCCCUGGGGGUUAGUGGAGAAAAAGGAGAUCAUGGGAAUAAGGGAGAUCGCGGGGACACUGGACUCCCUGGACCUCAGGGACCACUAGGAGCCCCAGGUCCUCUUGCCAUGGGAGGAGCUGUCUAUGUUCGCUGGGGGAGGACUGUUUGCCCCAGUGACCAGGGAACUGAGCUGGUGUACUCUGGGAGAGCUGGAGGGAGUAGAUAUGAUCACCGUGGAGGGGGUGCCAACCAUCUCUGUAUGCCAGAUGAUCCUGAACACUUGCAGUAUACUAGUGGAGUAAGCGGAAAUAGCUACAUGUAUGGAGUGGAGUAUCGAUCACAUUCUCAACCAUUACAAACUGUUGAAUACCACAAUGUUCCAUGUGUUGUGUGCCAUGUCACAACACGAGCUACACUGUUGAUGAUUCCAGCUAAAGUCAACUGCCCCACAAACUGGACCACAGAGUACACUGGAUACUUGAUGACUGCAGGCUCUGGUCAUCACGUCCACAUAUGAAUGUGUGGACAAAGAUCCCGAAUCCGUUUGACUAAAUGG